AUGCAAAUGCAACAACCGCAACAACAACCUACACAACAGCCACCUCAGAGUCAGACUCAGCAGCCACCUCAGGGCCAACAGCCCUCCCAAGCGCAACAACAACAGAAUCAGCAACAAAUGUUAUCCGCUCACCCUCAAGUUGACCAAAAUCAGAGGAACGGCAUGCAUAUAAAGAGGGAACAAAAAUUGUUGAAUGCUUACGUAUACGAUUUCUUAAAACGUAGUGGUGCUAUAGAAACAGCUAAAGCUUAUUUAAGAGAAGGUGAUUUUCAGGGCGUAGUGAAAAAUGACGGUACUGCAAAUUCAAUAAACGGAAAUGGAGGUUCAAGUUCUGAUAACGAUAAUACAUCGUUACCGGACGUCGAUGUACCUGUACAAGCUCCUGAAGGUUUUUUAUAUGAGUGGUGGACUGUAUUUUGGGAUAUAUAUAGUGCAAAGUUAAAUCGUCCUGGAACUACUGAAGCUCAGCGUUACGUACAAAUGAGGAAUAGAAAUCAAAUAAUGCGUACGCGAUUGAUGCAAGAUUCACUAAAUCAGAUACCUGUCGGAGGCUUUCCACAAAAUGCUCAUCAAGCCGUUACCGCUCAACAACAUUUACAGCGGCUGCAGCACUUACAACAACAAGCACAGCAGCAGUCUCAACCUACGCAACCGCCACAACAAUCACCCGCUCAACAUCAACAACAGCCAACUCAAUUCAAUCGACCGAAUAUGCAAAAUGGUGUGUCUCUUAACGUUGAUGCAAAUGCCAACGGUGACAUGAUGUCUAUGAGUCCACAACGAGCUAACCAGAAUCAGAUGAAGUUAAACGCUGCUAACUUAAUGCGUAGAGGGAUGCCAGCAAGUAUGAUGAAUCCUCAAAUGCAAGGGAUUCCUGCGGGAAGUAGAAUGUUUAUGCAACCGAAUAUGUUGCAAGCUCAAAUCGCCGCCCAAACUCAAAACACACAACUUCCAAGUCAAUCACAACAACAAUCAGCAUCAAUGUUAGGUGUAGCUAACCCUUCUUUGAAACGUAAUAACGAGGGAGUGAAUCAACCUUUAUCAUCACCAACUAAGAGGCAGAGAAUUACACCUAAUGAUUCUGCUAAUUACAUACAAAAUGUUCAAGCUCAACAACGAUCUAACGCAGUGAAUCAAGCUCAAAUGCCACAAAGUAGUAUGAUAUUAACCACGCCCGUUGCGAACGCAAACAUUUCUUCCCCGGAACUUAAAUCUAAUAAUAAUAAUAACCGCCAGACUCCAAAUCUAAAUGGGAAAAAGAAUGCCCCAACCCCGCAAAUGCCAAUGAGACAGCCAGUAAAUCUUAAUAAUAAACCGAUAUCUCCACAUGGAAAUCUGCAAUCUUUGUCUGUUCAAAACUCGCAUGAUAUCCAGGAUCCUCAACUAAUGAACCAGGUUAAUCAGAACAUUCACAAUAAUACCUUAAAUACAAUACCGAUCCAAAACGCGAUGAAUCAAGCCAUUCGACCUCCAAACCUCACUGGUGCUAAUAUUAUGCAAAAUUAUGGAAUGGUUUCAUAUCCAAACAGAUUACUCAUGCAACAAGCAUUAAUGAGACCUAAUGCUCCUGAUGCUCAAAAAAUUAAUCCUGGUUUUCUUAAUAUGGAUCAAAGUACGUUAGAUAAAUUCAACAAACAACAACAGCGCAACAUUCAUGAGAUGAGUGUUAUGCGGCCACUUAAUCUUCAAUUAACAUCAAAUAAUCAACAACAGCAACAAGUUCAUCAAGUUCAAAAGAAUAGAAAUGAAAAUAAAGUAGUAAAGAAUCAAAAACCAACGCCAUCUCAGGCUCAACCACAGCAGCCUAGCGGCGGAUCUUCUAUUGCUGUAACCAAUCCACAACAGAUGGUUUCAAACGGACAGGCUCAGUCACAACAACCUGCUCAGACUUCAGCGCCAGGAAUAAUGCCAUCCAUUAUUUCUCAACAAGAUUCUUCUUCUCUAAAUAUGAAUAUGGAGGAGCUUGAAAGUUUUACUUCGUCAAUGAAUUUUCCAAUGGAAGACCUUACUUCUUUAGAUAUACUUGGAAGUAGUGCUGGAGCAAAUGACAGUUCAAUUGAUCUUGGAGAUUUUAUUAAUUUCGAUAUUUUUGAGGAUCCUGGGUCUGCAAAUAAUGCAGGUCCAA